UUAUACUUCCACAAGACAAACAUAAACGUGAAAUGAUUUCUGGUCUCUGGAUUUGUGUUAGGCGGUACUCCAGUAGUACCUAGCAAGUUCCAAGUAGCCUAUUCUAAAUUCUAGUACUUAAUUGUUCAGAGAUCUUUUCUAUUGUCGCUUGUUCAAUUUGUUCGGACGUUAUUACUGUUUACAGUCUAUCCCGAUUUAUAAUUGAAUAUUGAUCAAAUUAAAAUUAAUAAUUAAUCUGUCGAUGUAGUAAAAAAAACCCAAAAAACUGAGAAGUGACUACUAUAAAAUUAUUUCUUAUUUCACACAAUAAUUUUUGAAUUAAAAAAAAAUAAAUAUUUUGUCUGUGAUACAACGUAAUUCCAAUUUCUCGGAGCGAUAUAUUGUUUUUCGUCAGUUGUUGACGAUUCGCCCAGUCGCCCAGUCAGCAGUCACCCAGUGCGAUGGGUCGAAGGAAGAGUAAAAGGAAGCCGCCUGCGAAAAGGAAAGCCAUAGAGCCCCUGGACACGCAGUUUAACUGUCCGUUUUGCAAUCACGAAAAAUCUUGCGAAGUCAAAAUGGACAAGAGUCGAAACGUGGGCAAAGUGUUUUGUCGGGUUUGCCUUGAAUCGUUUCAAACAACUACAAGCUUUUUGUCAGAACCAGUUGACAUAUAUAACGAUUGGGUAGAUGCAUGUGAAGCGGCUAAUUGAUAAUGGGUGGCUACAGAUACAAGACCAAAAUUAAACAAUAAAUGGACU